AUGAUGCAAUCAGUUACCAAGGGAUAUGGUUUCCAGAAUGCAAGGUCAUAUCACCUCAAUACUUCUGCUGCUGGUUUUGAUUGCAUGCACGCUCCUUCCGGUGUCUGGGCAUCUGCGAGAUGCGGAGACUACACCCAUGGCAGGAGCAAGUCCGACAUACACCCCUCUUCCAGCAGUGACUCUGACAGCCGAACUAUACAGCUCUGGUAUAGGAUUUACCAAGCACCUGCUGUUGCUUCAGCCGAGGACGCGCCUGCCCAGGGACUAGUAGUCGGCGUUCCAACACUGCCAUUUGCAAGCACUCCAACAGUCGAACCAGCUAUCAUAGUCCCAGUCAACACGACAGCAGGGAGUUCUCUCGGAGAUGCGUCUGUAGCCCGGGUGGAGCCUGCUGAUGUAGUGCCCCCACCUUCAAUUGCCAACCAUGCUGUCAAUCCUGUUCCGCCCGCACCCGCGCCUACUUCUUCAGCUUCAUCUAGUAUGGAGAGUUCCAGUGUUACACAUGCAACAACGUCAUUUGGCAAUGUGCCCUUCGUCACUGUACAGUGGGUGGAGACAUUCAUCGGCGGUACCUAUUCGACCUGGUGGCCCCACACUAUUUCUCUUGAUUUCAAGCCGCAAAGAUCCGUGGCUCCAGCUCCGGGCAGAGGAGAGAUUGGCAUGGGGACUUUGACAGGCAAGACUGGACAGACUCAGACAGUUGUAGAGGUGGUAGCUGCUGCCCCUACACAAGACUCGGGCUGGGCCAAGGGCGUCGCUGCUAUGGUCGGUGUCGGUAUUAUGGGCAUUUUCUGA